ACCACCAAACAACACACAAAGAUGAAUUGAAUGACCACCAAAUCAACAAGCCGGUUCACACCAAUGAACUAGUUAAAGAACUUUCUCUUUCUCUCUCAGAGAAGAAACAAAAAUAAACUAAAAAACAUAGACUGAUUUUAUUAUGAGAAGUGUUUAUAUAUUUAUACUACUUGAGGAAUAGAAAAAGACUUAAGAAUGUAUUAAAGAAAAAUUUAGUAAAUCGAAUCUAGAUGAGAAAUUUAAAGACAAUGUAUUAAAACUCUUGGAUCUCAGAUCUGGUCAAAGGGACUUUUCGGCUAACGUCCAGGUUCGUCUGAAACAAGUGGUUCCUUCGCGGUAAGGAUCAAGAUGUGGACCGGACGAUCCGUACGGCCCAAAUUCACGAGAACUGAAGAUCUCCUGAUUUGCAAAUAGCAUAACUCCCACAUCUGAACUCCGUUUGAUCUGAUUCUUCUUUGAGGAGCUCCGUAAUUGAGUUGAGCACAUUAUCCAAGUGAUUUCCUGCAUAGAGGACUUGUGGUUUGGAAGAUAUGAGUCAAACAAUGAACAUAUAUCAUUACUGCUUUCCAUGAUCAAGCCAUGCAUGUCUGUUUUGCCCGGUGCGCUACUCAAAGGCGCAUCAUUCCGUCUCUUAACUUUUAACUAUUAACCGGUUCUUAGUUUUUUUAGUUAAAAGUUAAGAGACGGGUUCUUAUAUCCCGCUAAGAACAUCAUUCUUUCUUUCUCUCUCUUGCACCCACCAUACUUUAACCUCUCUCUCUCUCUCCAUCAUAAUAAGAUCUCAAAAACCAUACAACAUCAACCACAUUCCAGUCUCUAAUGGCGAGCUUCAUUCUCUCCAGGUCAUUCCUCGUUCUCCUCCUGACUUUCACUUCACUCUUCUCCACAAUCUCUAUAUCUGAAGCUACAUCAUCCUUCUCUUUCACAAGGUUCGAUAGAAACGCGACCUUUGAGUCUGACGACAUUUCCCUGUACGGCGACGCAAAGCUCGUGGACGGCGGAGCUUCGAUUCAGCUGACUGACUCAGUGAGUGGUGGGGUCUUUUACAAGAAACCCAUCGAGUCCAAAGACACUAAAGCCGACUUCUUCACUGGUUUCUCUACUGUCUUCUCUUUCUACAUGUCACGUGGUCGUGGUGGGAGUGUAGCUUUUGUCGUGUUUCCUUCUAACGGAACACUUGAUCACUCUUUAUCCGAAGUCAAGAUCGACAUUUCUAAUAAUUUCACCAAGUCUAAAGACUCCGGUGUAACGGUUGGUGUAUAUGGUUCUACGGUUCCUGAGAAGAUAAGCAACCUCACGGUUGUUAACUCCAAGGAGGAGGAUGAGGAGGAGGAAGAGGAGGGGAAGAUGUUGUUGUAUGUCUGGAUUACUUAUCAAGCGAAUACCAGGUACUUAGAUGCUUCGUUAACCAAAUCAAAACACUAUAAAUAUCCAAAGACUGGGUUCAGUUCUCGGAUUGAUUCGUUGAAAGACGAGGACGAGUUCAUGGUCGGUGUUAAGUCGUAUAGCGGGAGCUUUAACCUCCACUCUUGGAGAUUACAAGCGGGACACUUCUCUAGGAGUAUACUACACUCGUAUGCGGCGGUUCUUGAGUCACAGCGUAGAUGGCAGGAGAAGAGAAGAAGAGAGAAGAUGUGGGGGACUGUGACAUGCUUCCUUAUGACCUUUGGAUCUGUAGGGCUUCUGUUCUUCGCUGUGAUGCGUGUAUGGGCAGCCCUCGAAAGGAACUAUCUUGUGGUGCCUGAGGAAUGUGGGCAGAAGAAGAAUAAGGAGUUCGAAUACGAGAAGAUGGCCGAGAAAGUUGAAGUUGUGACGAGUAAAGCUUGAAGUAAAGUAAAAGCUGGUACUUGUUUGUGUGUUUAGAAUAUUUAUGUAAUAAAGUGGAUUUCUUCAAAUCUAAUGGUGGUGACUACUAGUAUAGGUUCGUCGUAAUGUGUGUAAGCUUGCAGCAUUGUUACUCUUUGGCAUGUAAACUCCACCGCUAAAGAUAAAUGUUUAGUAUCCACGAUAUGUUUCAGAACUUACUGGUUUCUUAUCCAUAUGUGAAUUCGAUCAUGAGACAGAGCACUGAACACCUGCCCCUGUUGAGGUUGGCUCUAAAGAUUUCUUUCUUUACUUCUGCUUACAAUGAGACAAGGAUCUCAUAAAAGUUUGACAACAAGAGCUGAUUUUCUACUUGACUGGUGGAAUACUUCGGCUUCAUUACUAUACUCCUUUUGAUGUUGUUGUGGUUGGAACAGAAGAUGUGAUUAUAUAACUCUUUUCACUGAUGAUAGACCUAGCAGAGACACUAGCGUAGUUAAUGGUAUCAUCCGGUCUCAGUUCAAUUUAAAUAAAUAAAAAAUUUGGUAACUUAAAAGUUGAAGUUGUGACUAGUAAAGCUGAGGCCCAACAAUUCAAAAAAUGUAGAGACUAUUAGAGUUUUUUUUGGUGAGAAAACUUAUGUUUUAUAUGUUGUUUAGCACUUUCUAUUUGAAAAUACUUCUAUGAAUUUGUUUUUAUUGUUUACUGUG